AUGUUCCGUGUAUACACAUAUUUUAAUACACGUUUACAAUACGUUUACACUAUUAUAAUAUUUUUGACGUUUACUAAAAUUAUUAUUAUUUAUAUAUGAUGUCUAAUAUUCAUAUGUGAAUAUCUAUAAAUAAAAAAUUUUUUUUUAAUAAAAUUUACCAUCUAACAGGUAAAGAUGGAAAAUGAUCGCGAACUUAUGUUAAAAUAUGGUAUACUUGGUCGAAAUUUGACCAUCUAUAGUAUUUUAUUCAUGUACAUCAGUGGUAUUAUGUACAUUUCUAUUAUGCAGUAUGCGAUGAGAUUGCAGAUUAAUGAUGAUAAUCAAACGAGUAAAGUGUUGAUUUAUCCUGCAUAUAGUAAUAGUAUUCAAAAAAGUCCUAUUUAUGAAAUAAUAUAUGGUAUUCAAUGUAUUUGUGGAUACGUUCUCGAUAGUGUAACAUCUGGUGCUUGCGGUUUGGCCGCACUUUUCGUAACUCAUGCAUGUGGACAAAUCGACGUCAUUAUAUCUCGAUUGGAUGACAUAGUUGCUGGACAAUUUUACAAGAAGAAUUCAAAUCCAAACAUACGACUGAUAGAAAUUAUUAAACAUCAUAUAAAAAUUUUAAAAUUUUCAGCUGUGGUUGAAAAAGUACUGCAAGAAGUGUUCUUUUUAGAAUUCAUUAGUUCCACUUUUGUAAUAUGCUUGCUUGAAUAUUAUUGCAUUACGGAUUGGGAACAAAAUAAUAUAAUUAGUCUGACAUCGUAUGCAUUACUAUUAAUAUCAUUGACAUUUAAUAUGUUCUUAUUAUGCUAUAUUGGUGAUCUUCUAAUACAAAAGGUACUAUACGUUAUAUUUUUUAAUCUUAUAAUUGUAAGAAUGUUCACUGAGCCAUCUUUGGUAAGAAAAUAUUUCAAUAAUUUCUUUUUUCUUUACAAUAUAAUUUUUUUUCUACACAAUCUAGGCAAAUUAUGCAAAAAUUAUUAAAGCACAUUCGAAUCACUUCUAAACGUAAUCUUAAAUUAUCAUUUAUUUCUUUUUCACUAGUUUCACUUAUAUAUUUUAAAAUACUCGAUUCACUCAAUAUAUUUUAAAAAUUUUAGAUUUAAUCACUUGCAAAAAAUAUUCACAUUUUUUCUUCUAUAACUUCUAUAAAGAAUUUUGUAUAUCAUUGUAUAUAAAAACAUAUUAAUAAAUUUAUUACUUGCAUGACAGAGUGGUAACAUCGGAGUAGCCGUGUUCAUGAUUGACUGGUAUCACUUACCAACUAAAACGAUUCAAAAUCUUAUUUUGAUCAUGGCCAUGUCGAAUAGUCCGGCAAAACUUAGUGUCGGUAGGAUAGUUGAUUUAUCUUUGUCUACUUUUGGAAAUGUACGUUUAGACUGAUACAUGAAUGUGAUGGUGAUAUAAAUGAAAAUUAUACAAUUAGAACUCUACUUGUCAGCAAUUACAUUUCGCAGGUUUUAAAAACGACAUUCGUAUAUUUAAACUUUCUUCAGACUGCUGUUAUGCAAUAAUUUUAAAAAUGUUUUUAUAAUUAUUUUUAAUUAUAAAAUAUUGAAUAAUAAAUAAAGAAAUAUAUUGUAAAGAUAUUUACUAUGUAAUUGCCUAAAUUUUUAAAUAUAAUUAUAUAUAUAUAUAUGUACACACGAAAAUAUUAAAAUAGAUAUGAUAUUUGUCUAUAAUAAUAAUUUAUAAUAAUAAAAUCAAGUUAUAUCUUAACCAAUUUUAACCAAUAAUAGAUUCUAAAAAAAUAAACAGAUUCUAAAAGCUAUUCCAAAGGGACUAUAUUCGUAUGAAAUAAUUGGAUGUAGUUUUUUGUAAAAUAGCUUGGUAUAAAUUAUCAUUUAGAAAGAAACUUAUAAUCUUAUUUUAUUAAUAUCCAUAUCACAAUAUUCAUUAAAAUUAAUAACGAGAAAAAUAAUCGAAUUAUUUUUUAAUACAUUUAGCUCUGUUAUGAUUUUUUAAACUUUUUUAAAAACAUAUUUAAACCAAAAUUUUACACUUUUAAAUGGCAAAAUUAUUAAUAUAUUUAAAUUUACU